AUGGCCACCACAGAGCAUCAGCAAGCUCAACGCCCACAUCAUGAACGACACCACCGGACGUUGAGCGAGACGAUCCACGGUCGCGAAAAGAUCAAUGGCGCCGAAUCCGUUUCCUCCUCACGCAGCUCUUCGUCGGACGAUGAUGAGCCGGCUGCUCAAGGCACGACCGACGCUAUUCGCAACGUUCGCAGCGAAACGAGCAAAGCCGGCGCAACAGGGUCAAUAACCUACGAUAUCACCCUCAACUGUCGAUCUACGGACCCAAUAGCCGAUUCGCACAAUCUGGAUGCGGACGAGCUGCCCGCCCACUGGGUGCCUACCAUGUUAUCCCAGGUCACACGUGCUACAUCUACUGCUUUUGGACAACUCACCUCUCCACGAAACAGCACUUCUUCCCGAACCCAGCAGGAGCAAGAACAGAAGGAAAACGAAACAGAAGAUGGCCACAUCCUGCCACGUCUGACUUUCCGUAAUCCGUGGGAGCAAAGUUUCCGCAAGCCGGGCAUCAAAGGUAUCCUCGAAGGCGGCCUGAAAUGGGGUCUACCGGACAGCUACACCGAAGGCUCGGGAAAGAGCAGCAAGCGGUCCAGUGGGUUCAAAUCCAGCAAAAAGAUCCAGAAAGAGCUCGAGAUCGCUCGGCAGGAAGACCGCGAGCUGGGCGAUGACUGGGACAAAGUCGAUGUCGUCGAACCCCAAUGGGGCUGGCCAUCGGGGCAUCUGCAGAAGGAAGUGGACGAACUACGAAAGGAAGAUCGCGAAGCCCAUUCCUCGCGAGCUGAGCAUAACGAUCACAAGCAAGAGGCCAGAAAGGGAACCGAAGCCGACUACAAAGCGAAAGAACAGUCGCUGCGGGAUUGGUCGGACCCAAAGACGCCGUCUCGCGCCGCGGCUCGUGUGACCUGGCUAGGCCAUGCGACUACACUGCUCCAACUGCCACCACUCUCUACCUCCUCCUCCACCGAAAAGGAGCCGCCUCGAUCGAUCAACAUCCUGUUUGACCCUAUCUUUUCAGAACGCUGUUCGCCCUCGCAGACCGCCGGACCGCAACGCUUCACCCCUGCCCCCUGCACGGUCCAAGACCUGCCACCCAUCGACUUUGUCGUCAUCUCACACUCGCACUACGAUCAUCUCGACUACCACACAUUCAAGCACCUCCACCACCUACGCGGCGACCAGAUCCAUGCCUUGGUGCCACUGGGUGUGAAGGAAAAGAUCAGCGGGAGUGGCGGGUUCGGGUGGAAGCGCGAGCAGGUGAGCGAGCUGGACUGGUGGGAUCAUGCGCGCAUCUCGCUGCCCUCUGCGGAGGGAGCUGAGCUGAAGAUCGUCUGUACGCCGGCGCAGCAUGGGAGUGGGCGUGGGGCGGGGGACAAAGAUGCGAGUCUGUGGGCCAGCUGGGUGAUCGAGUGGAAGAAUGGCGGGGAGCAGCGGUUCUGUGCGUUCUUUGCAGGCGAUACGGGGUUCAAGUACCACCACGACAACCCGUACAAGCGGGCAAGGUACCCGGCCUGCCCUGCGUUCGCUGAGAUCGCGGCCCAGUUCCAGCCGUUCGAUCUGCUGCUCCUGCCGAUCUCGGUCGGGUCGAGUCUGAGCUACUUCCGCUCGUGGGAUCCGUUCCCGCGCGCGUUCAGCCCGUUCCCGCGCGUAUCGAGCACGCUGACGUCCAGCAUCCACAUGGACCCGUACGACGCCGUAGAGUGCCACCAGCUCUUCCAGCAGCACAAGCACAAGCAGCAAGCUGGCCGCAAGCAGAUGGUCAGCCUGGCGGUGCACUACGGCACGUUUGUACGCAACGCCGAGCAGACAAGGGGGGAUGUUAGGGAGCUGAGAAAGGCGUGUAGGUUGCAUGGGUUGAAGUUCCAGCGGGUCAGGGACGAGACGUGUUUGUUGAAGGGUGGGAGCGAGGCGCAGGAGGAAAAGCAGGAGCAGAAAAGACUGCAGGGUGUAGAGGACAAGGGCGAAGAGCAGGAUGUGUUUCUUGUCGCGGAUCAGGGCAAGACCGUUUGGCUGCCUAUCCACCCGUCGUCGUCGUCAUAG